AUGGCCUCUGAUCCCUUCGGCUUCACCCCCGUCUCCUCCUCAGCCCUCGAGCUACUCGCAUCCGCAAAACAAACCUCCCCAGCACCAUUUAUCCCAGCCUCAGCAACCCCUAUUCCCGACACGCCUGUGGCCCGACGCAUCAACGAGUACGCAAAAUCCCAACUGCCCAUUCCAACCUACAACCACUCCCUCCGCGUCUAUCACUAUGGACUGGCAAUAAAGUCAUACAUGUUCCCCUCGUGGACCUUCACUGACGAAACCUAUUUCCUCGCCUGUCUUCUGCACGAUAUUGGGACUACGGAAGAAAAUCUCAAAGCCACCAAAAUGAGCUUCGAGUUCUAUGGUGGUCUUUUGGCGUUGGAUGUUCUGCAGAAGUCUGGGAGCUCGACGCCCGAGGCAGCGGCCCCAAAGGAUCAAGCAGAGAGUGUUGCCGAGGCCAUUAUUCGACAUCAGGAUCUGUGUGAGGUGGGAAAGAUUACGGCUGUGGGACAGCUUUUGCAGCUUGCAACUAUUUUUGACAAUGCUGGCGCAUAUUCCGACUGCGUGCACCCCUCAACCAUCGAGGAUGUUACCACCUGCUUUCCGCGCAUGAAAUGGAGUCACUGCUUCGCUGCCACAAUUCAUAGGGAAAAUGAGUUGAAGCCGUGGUCGCACACUACUACCCUUGGUGAAGAUGCUUUUCCUGCUAAAGUGCUUGGGAAUAAGUUGAUGGAACCAUUUGAGUAG